UCGAUCGGCGAACCACGCGAAUUUUCGUCGGAUUGCUUCUGUCGUUACACGAUCCUCUGUAUCCUAUCGUUAUAAAAAGUGUAAUUGAACGUUAACGAUCAUUGUGAACCGAGCGUCGUUCAAACUAUUCCGCGGAAAAAUUAUUUCUGGAAAUUGGUGAAGGUGAUUUGUUGGAAUUUACCGCGGUAAUAUCUGUUACGAUAAGAUCUUAAGAAUCUUUGAUUCCACGUACGAUAUUAGUUUCAACAGUGGUGAAUCGUACGAUUUAUUAGCAUUGAAUUUUGAGAAGUUUCGAAGGUAUUCUCGCUGCCGUUUCGUUGCCUCUUCGAGAAGAUAACGCGACAGGAACAAGUGGAAGAACGUGUUCUUCUGAUCCGUGUUCAGACUCGACUAACAGAUUUCUAUUAUCUUACGCAUCGUUCGGCAUUUAAUAGAUAGCGGGAAAAUAAUCAGGCAACCUGAUAGAGCUCUCAGUUUCAAGGAAACAUCUCUAUAAAUACGUGGAAUCGCCGAGAAGGAACGUUGGGGAAGCUUCUUGAGGUUCAAGAAACGAAGUCGAUCCUGGAUACGCGUUUAUCGGGCGGAUAAACCGUCCGGUAUCUGAUUCACUCAUAUCGACGCGAUAAACGUUACCGUUAGCACCGAAAAUAUAAACUCUGAUCGAAUCGGGAUCGGUGGACAUUAAAAACCGAGUGGAAAAAUUUACAAAGAUAUCGCGAACGAUACAAGAUGUCGCUGGCGGCUCGAAAUAUCCAGAUAUUCGAUUUCACCGCGGUUGUUGACACGUGAUGCCCGAAAAUCGGUGACGAUAAAACGUAAACUGGACUUUAAAGAACGUUCGUUAUCAAGGCAAUACCGACGAAGCGACUCGAGAACCCGAGGAAUCCGUUCUGCAAAGAUUUCGAGAACGUUACAAAAAAAAAAUAUUUUACAACAGUUUUUGCAGAUACUAUAAAAAGAUUUCGAGGAAAGAUGUCUGGAAACGCUGAAAAACUUUUAAUGUUGCUAUACGUUCUUCUCUGCAACCUGGCGAUUUCCAUCGCCCAAAACAAUGAAGCAGCAACUAUACAUUCGAUUCUUUUGCAAAAUGAGACGGUGAUACCGAACGAAUACAAAAAUUUACCAGUAGUUGGAAAAUGUUGUGCGGAGGGUCAGAUGCUCGUGGUAAAUGAAAACAAGAAAUUGGCCUGCGUCGCUUUCGAUUCAGCGAUCAACCAAACCUUCUCACCUUUCUUCAGCAAGUUCAAUGCAAGCGGCUACCAAAUUCCCGGUGAUCAGUACAGAAAAUUCGUUGCGAUCAUUGGGGAUCCUUGCACCUAUAAAAGACUGAUCUUGGAACCGGAGAUAAGCGAAUACGAAAGAUAUUAUUUACUGUUAAACGGAUCUGUGUUCAUGCCGCGUAUGGAGCCGUUCAUGUUGAAUCCAGGCGUUGAUUAUUGCAUGGAAAUCACACCGGAAAUGGGACUCACGACUGUGUUGUGCUUAUCCGAAGACCGCAUAGUAGUCACUGCGUCGUCACGAUUCACAAUUUACGCCUGUGGCCUCUUAAUAUCCGUGCCAUUUUUAAUCCUCACUAUCGCGGCGUAUUCCAUCACGCCAAAAUUAAGGGACGUCUACGGAAGAGCGCUGUGCCGUUACUGUGGAUGCUUAGCGCUGGCUUUCAUUAUGCUGGCAGUAACGCAACUAGGAAAUUCGCAAUUGUCGAGCCAAGCGUGCACCAGCAUAGCGUUCGUCAUCCAGUUCUCCUUCAUCGCCUGUUUCUUCUGGCUGAACGCGAUGUGCAUCGAGAUGUGGUCGCUGGUACGCAGCCACGUGGAUCGUGAAACGUACAAGAGAAUGAAGCCCAGAACGCUAUUCUUUUGGUACUCCUUAUGGUGUUGGUGUCCCUCGGUGAUACUUACCCUCGUCUCGAUGUUUAUGGACCUUAAUCCGAUGAUACCUGCAACAUACGUCAAGUCGAACUUUGACAAGGAAAACUGUUGGUUCAAACCCGACGUGAAAGCAAUGUCAUUCUUCUACGUGUCAGUCGGGCUGCUGCUGCUUGGAAACGUGAUCCUCUUCGUUCUGACUUUCGUCAAGCUGACGAAAUACCAAAAGGAUCUCGACUUGAGGCUUCUCGCGAGGAACGAGGAGUCGGAUCGACGCGAUCGGAGGUUCCUCCGGCGGCUGACAAGAAUGGCGUUCGUCAGUUUGAUAAUAUGCUUCCUGUUGGCCAUAAACUGGACGAUGGACCUGAUAUCCUGGCUCGUAACCGGAAACACGUUCUCUUGGUCGACGUUCGACGUCGUGAACGCUCUUCAAGGUAUUCUUAUUUUUAGUAUGUUCGUGCUACGAAGACCGCAGAGAGACUUCGUUUGGCACAGGAUACAACAGCUUCGAGGUAUCGAUACCGCGGCACCGGAAGCUGAGAGCAUGGAAUCGUAUUUGCUUCCAAUAUUGAACGGCGAUCCCGCGUCUGCGCAAACGAUCAUUCCGUGAAGAACAAUAUCGAUCGUUUCACGGUCUGAGCACGCGCGACGAGGGAUCGUUGCUAAUCUACUGCCUCAAGUUGCUUAAAAGUUCCUUCGAGGAGACGCACACAAUUCCGGUGUGGCUUCCUCCGCGAUACAUCAAGUAGAAUUAAUGAUACUCGACGAUUUCGAUGCAUUUACCUAUACAGCAUGGAACAGUACAGAAAUACUGCAAUGCUGCGGUUACGUUUGCAAUAUAAAAGUUCAACCAUAACUUCGUAGUACAUAUUAAUAACACAUUAUCUGAGAUAAGAAAAAUGUUACUUGAGUAAUAGAUAAGAAAUACAACCAACGUAUAGCGAUUUGAGUUUAUUCGAUCGAACGAAUAAACGUUUUUUUUUUCAUUUCAAAAUAUUUCUUUCUAAUUCUAAUUUUUAUUUGAGCAAUAACAGAUAAAUUCGUUGGUCGAUACAUUUAUCUGGACGAGAAUUUUCCCCAUCUCUGCGUAUAUAAAUAUAUAGUCUUUUAUCAAUUUGCUUGUAAAUUCAAUUAGUAUAGAAGUCGGAUAAAUGUUUUUUAGUUACCUUUGGCUCUCAAUAAUCUGGUAAAAGAAGAUUAGUGACAUUAGUUGACUCAAGUUGCCAAUGCUUUCUCACUAAUUAUAAAAUGAAUACAUCAAAUAUAAGUACAUUGAUAAAAGGCAAUACACAGGGUGUUAGGCCACCCCAGGGAAAAAUUUUAA